AUGAAGGUCCUUCUUAUUGGAGCAACCGGUAAUCUGGGCAUUCGCCUCGUCGCAGCGCUCCUCACACAUGGCCACAGCGUUGUUGCCUUCGUCCGGUCCUCGAACAAACUCGAGUCUCUUCUCCCAGCGUCUGUCUACCACCAAAUCACCGUUGUUCAGGGCGAUGCUACGGAUCCAGACUCAAUCAAGAGGGCCAUCUUGGAUGCCAGCUGUGAUGCUGUCGUCAAUACCGCCGGUUUAGCCGCCCUGCCUCCCUGGGGACACAGUGAACUACCUGCUAUAUUUCACGCUGUCGUGGACGCGGUACGAGAAGCGGGAGUGGACAGAAAGAAACCGUUGAGAGCUUGGUUCUUGGCUGGCUUGGGAGUAUUGUACUACCCAGGAUCAGAAUCGAUGCUCUCGAACUAUCUUCCCGUCUACCUCGAACACCGCCGGAACCUCCACCUUCUUAAAUCUCUCCCACCAAACACCAUCGACUGGUCUUUGCUUUGUCCAAGCGUCAUGACCCCCGAGUCGUCAGAAGUCACUGUACCGACGCAACUUUUGCAUGGGAAACUGAUCGCAAAUGCUGCGACUCCACCGUCAUGGAAAGAUUCGUGGAUCAAGCACAUCCCCUUGAUCGGGAAGACGCUUGUGUGCGCCACGAAUGCCCUUCGCUAUGAGACCACACUUGAACAGAACGCAGAUUUCAUUGCUAGCGACCUCGAAAGCGACGAGAGCCCGUGGAGUGGGACGACGGUCGGAGUCAUCGACGGCUCCAAGUGA